AUGUACGGAGUGCCACCACCAAAAGGUACUGGGAAGGGUGUGCCUCGGCCCCCACCACCCGGAAAGGGUUCCAAGGGAAGUUACAAGGACGCAUGGGGCAAGGGUAAGGAGAAAGGCGACAAGGGCAAGAGCACCUCCCGUGGAACUUCACCAGGAAAGGCACCUCCGACCAAGACAGCUAAGGCUGCUGCCCCGGCUUGUCGCGGAGCAAAGGUCACAACUUCGAACAAACUCGAUUUCAAGGACAUGUAUGCACUGCCAAUCUACAACAAGCAGGACCUGUUGUUCAACCUUGACCGCCGACAGUUCAACAACAAGGUGGUGUGCCAGAUGCCCAACGACGACUUGACCGACAUCAUCGCCUUGCUGGCCGACGUGGACCCGUGUGACAAGCCACAGGCCACAGACAGCGAAGAUCCCCGUGGCAAAUAUCUGGCCGGCUUGUUGGACAACAUCUGGCUUCGCCUAGAUGGGAAGGAGAUCACUGGCAUCCAUGGAAAGAAGCUCCUGGCCGAAGUUCGGCACUGGCGAGCCCAGAAGGAGGAGUUGCUGCAAACCAUUGCUGUGUACUAUAUUGGGGAUGAUCAGUGCAUCAGCUGUGGUGAUUCCACGGCUUACUUACCUGCUGGGUGGAACUACUGGUGCGAAACUAUCUACCGGGAUUUCCUGGCGAAGAAGCCUUACAUCACCGAUGGCACCAACACGCGCUACGUCGAGGAGUUCGUCACCGUCCCUGAUUUGGAUCCCUUUGAGUUCGAGGAGGCGCCAGGCUCACCUGCCAGCAUGGUCAGCCAGGCAGAACCUGGACCGGAGCAUCUUGUGGUGUAUGACACAGCUGGCAAAGCAUUGCUAGUCAAGGUUUUGGACCCAACCCAGAUGGUUGAGCUGCCCCCGACUGAUGCGAAAGACUAUUUCGUUCAGAAGCACCACACCAACAAACGGGAAUUUGUGAGUAGCCCUUCUGUUGGCUUCAUGUCAUAUGCUGAUGAGCUUCUGGCGAAGCGUGAGCCUGAGGGGGAGCCGGCAGAAGCGAAGUCGAGUCCACCUAUCCCUGCUGCUCCUGGUGGUAUGGCUAGGGCAACCCGUUCUUUGCAAGAGCGCUGGUCUACGACCGCCCAGCCGACGGAAACACUGGGAGAGGUGGAGGUGUUGGCAGAUGAGGAGUGCACGGUGGUUGCAGCUAAAGCCGCUCCAGCUCAUGGUGGUGGUGGUGGUGGUGCCAGCAGUUCAAGCGCUCGCCUGACUGAAUCGAAUGUGGCGAAGGCUACUGCUGCAGCAGCAGUCCCGAAGCCCCCCACUCCGAAGGCAGUGUCCCCAUCUGCAACUGCAGCUGAGGGGUGA